AUGUCAUCCUCUCUAACGCGGCCCUGCGCACACGAGGUCGAGCUGCUCGAGGGUGACCCACCCGAGUACGUCCUGCGCGACCUCGCCUCAGCCCCUGGCCUGCAGAUCGCCUCGCUCAGCAUCGGCGGCGGUGUCGAAGCGGGCGGGUCCAAUGUCGCUGCUCCCGAGGACACGCGCAGGCAGGCAACCGCGGACGCACUUGUCAUUGCAGGUAUAGCACGGAGACGACGAGCGUCGUGGGCAGGUUCGUCACAGAGGGGCUCGCUGCCGGAGAGGUGGCAGGAGAAUGACAGUGCAGUGACCUUGUUUGGGGCAGUUGAGGUCGGGACCGGGAGUGUGCAGCAUGGCAUCACGUCGACAAACUCCCAGGGAGAUGUCGUGCAGUUCUUCUCGGAGGAUGUGUAUGCGAAUCUCGAGCCCCAGCCUGGUCAGACGCACUCUGUCCUUCGGAUUGACGCGAUUCGGUUUCUGUUGGUGUUGCUUCACCAGCUGACAAAACACCAACUCCUCUCCGUGCUCCCCCUCCUCGUCCGGCAUCUGAGCGCAGAUAUGUACAUAGUAUACACGUACGCGGCAAUUACGAUCGGGAGGAUACUUGCUCUCAAGCGAGAGAACCGUCUGCUGUUCUCCCAGGCCGACAUCCACGAAGCCGCGCCGAAGCUGCUCAACGCCGUGCUAGCCAAGAUCGAGAAGGCCGGUGCGCCAGAAAAGGUCGCGGAGAACGUCCACCUGAUGAAAUGUGUAAUGCGGGUCAUCGUGACGGCGCGACAGACGCUGAUGCCUGUAUACCAGCAAACGCUCGAGAGACUCGUGCAGGUUCUGGGCACGAUCUCGAAGAACCCGAGUAACCCCGACUUUGACCAGUAUAUCUUCGAGAGCAUCUCGGCGCCCAUACGGUAA